AUGGCUACCCCAGCGCCGCCAGCAACGUUCACCGUCAUGCGCAGCCGCGUCACGGAGGCUGACCUCAUGGCUGCGAUCCGAGAGUUCAAGCGGCGCGGGGCCAACGGCGACGACGUCGACCUGCUCAUUGCCCAAAACGUGCUUCUCCGCCGCUGGCUGGACGGUCCUUAUUCCAGUGGCGCGGUCUUCCGAGCAACGUACGAUGGCGACGUCAUUACCAAGACGACCCGCGGCGACAUUUACAUCACUACGGUGCCUGGUGAAGUGCACCAAGAGGCGAUUCGGCUUCUGGGCCGCGUUGUGGACGACGCCUUGACGGAUACGCCGUUAGAGUGCGUCAUGGGCGUCUAUUACGACCAUGCCGGCCACGUCCGCACACCCGACCUCGCGGUUCAACAAACGAACCCGGUUCUCGACGACCCCAACAGCCAUUUGCCCCGCUGCAUGAUCGAGGUCACCGUCACGCACCGCACGUCGUUCAAUCGGCACGACCUGGAUACCCGCGCACUCUUCGAUGAGUUUCCCCCGCUCCAGACGGUCCUUGUUGUCGUCCUCUACCCGCUGCGGGACGCAGCGACGCUUGACCCCAACAUGAACCCCAUCUUGGCUCAGAUGCCUGCCCUCGCUGUGCUCUACCGUCGUUUUGGCAACAACAUUGCGAUCACGGAUGCCAUGAGCUGCGGCAACGUUGCUCUUGACGAUGGCGUGUACCUUCCAGGGCACAUACAGGUGCGCAACGAGGUCGCUGCGAUGGCUGCCGAGCUGCCGCAAGUCAUCGAGCGCCAGCCGCAUGAUCAGGGACCUUCCAUUACGCUGCUUGGCGACGAUCUGUACCGCGCCACAAAUGAACACGGCCAUAUUAUUCAGGGCUUGCUCCCCGACUACCCCGUGCAUUUGGCAACGACGAUCGCCACAUCGAUUCGGACAGGAUUCAAAGUCGCCACCCGAGCCAACGCCCUCGCCGCACUUGCUGCUGCUGGACAAGCUGCUGCCGAGCAAGCAGCCGCUGCGGCACCGAAUGUCGGUCGCCGCAACCACCGCUACAACCUCCGCCACUGA